AGGCACAGAGUCCAUGGUCCAGAGCGAUGACGACGAGUAGAAUUCUGAAUGAGCAUUUUCAACGAGGCGGCGGUGGUGUUUUUGUUCUUCUUUUCUUCAUUCUGUUUUUACAAACGUUCCACGGAGGGAGGCAUGAAGGAGAAAUACGGAGCUACGACUAUAAAGGGGCAAACGUACGCUGUUAUGGGAGUGAGGGGGGCAUACAUUUCUUUGAAGGUGGCAAGGCGGAUAGCUUGUUGUUGCUCUUCUUCUCCUUCUGCCACUUUUGGGUCAUAGGAGUUGUCUUUUUUUGUGUUGCUCGUCCUCCC